UAUAAGUGAGGACCUCAGAAACGUAGCUCGCGAUAAUAUUGCUACUAACAAUGGCAUCAAGUUCGAAAAGAGUUUUCCACAAAGUUCAGCAGUUAAGUCGAGCCUUGGACGGGUCCUCGUUCAUGACAAAUAGAAACCCUCGUAAUCUCGAGCGAUUAAGAAUUGCCCGCAAAAUAGAUGGUUAUCAUUUGGAGAAGCCGGUUCGAAGCUUUUGGCAUAGGUUGGAGUUGAAUGCUAGCAAUAAAUAUGUUACAGCGCGUGUAGUUCAUUUCCAAAACGGAACCGUAAUCGAAUGCAGUACUACGGAGUGGGCUUUGAAGCGACAAUUGUACAAAGAGAAUGACUUCUCGGCAUACAUAAAUUUGGCCCGUGUUUUUGCUGCACGCUGUCUAGAUGCUGGGAUGACGGAGAUGCGCUGCGACAUAAAACCAGCCGAAGGAGGAAAAGUUGAAAAGUUCCUGCAAACGGUAAAAGAGGCUGGCAUUGAACUUCAAGAACCGGAGCGUCUACGGCCUGCAUAUUCUUGGGACAUGCACCGUCCCGAGAAACCGUGGGAAGUCACAGAAUAGAAACCCGACGCAACCUUGUUGUACGCUUUUAUUAAGCUACAUUUUAUUAGCAAUAAACUGUAACCAAUCUAU